AUGAACCAAUCACAGCCGUACGGGGCCCCACGGCGGACUGGCGCCGACACUGGCUCUGGCCCUGGAGCUGCGUCUGCAAGCGGCGGCGGCCCUGGUGGUGCCUCGUCCUCCUACGGCUCCCACGAUGAGCUUCACAUGUCGCCAACCGCCGCCGCCCAAUUGUCCCCGCGAGACUACGGCAGCGCACCCGGCCCCCAUAUCAAGCUGGAGCAGGCCGCCUCCCAGCCCGUCACCCCGGCCGCCGCCCACUACGCCCACGGCAACAGCGCCUCCUCGGUGCCCAACGUGCUGCAGCCGGCGGGAGGACUAGGCCCCUCGGGUGCGGGUGCGAGUGCGAGUGCGAGCGUGAGCGUGAGCGCGGGCGCGGGCGCGACGUCGGGUGCCAGACCCCCCAUCAUCACCACCAACACCGCUCCUACCCUGCCCACCAUGUCCGGCGCCAUCCCGCACCAUCACCACCACCACCACCACCAGCCCCAGCAGUCGCCCGGCGACUACUCGUCCCCCUCAAAGCCGCCCACCCUGAACAUCUCCUCCGCCUCCUCCCACGCCUACUCGCGCUCCAGCCCCUCCGCCGCGCCCUACGAAUCGGCAUCCUCAUCCGGGUACACCCCCUACACCCCGACCACCCCCGGCGGCUCUGUCGCCGGCCCGUCGCAGUUCAUGUCGCCCCAGGACAAGUACGGCGCCCCUGGGUCGCAGCGCAACAUCUCCAACACCCCCCUGGGCCUCGCCGACAUCAGGCCGCGCGCCGACUCCAGCCUCUCCGAUGGCCAGCCCGGCACCUCGGGAUACGAGCUCGCCAACACCCAGCCCUCGACCAGCAACUACCUGGCUCCCUGGGCCCUGUAUGCCUUCGACUGGUGCAAGUGGACGCCUCCCGGCAAGGGAGCUGGCAAGGUAGCCAUCGGCAGCUACCUCGAAGACGGCCACAACUUCAUCCAAAUCCUCGAUACCCAGAUCGUCAACGCCCCCGCCGACGUCUACACCCCCGGCUCAUCAAAGUACAGCGUCGAGUUCACCAAGGUUGCCGAAGCCACGCACUCGUAUCCGGUGACGCGACUGCUGUGGGAGCCCCCGUCCUCCCAGAAGCAGACCACCGACCUGCUGGCUACUUCUGGUGACCACCUGAGGCUGUGGUCUCUCCCCUCCGACUCCCAGCCACAGUAUGGCAACAAUAUCAACCGACCUAAUGCCAAUAUGCCUACCUCGAAGCUCACGCCGCUGGCUCUCCUGUCCAACUCCAAGACCCCGGACCACACGGCUCCCCUGACCUCGCUCGACUGGAACACGGUCUCCCCGAGUCUGAUCAUCACCUCUAGCAUAGACACGACCUGCACGAUAUGGGAUAUUCCCUCCCUCACCGCCAAGACCCAGCUCAUCGCACAUGACAAGGAGGUCUACGACGUUCGCUUCUGUGCCAACAGCGUCGAUGUCUUUGUCAGCUGUGGUCAGGACGGUAGUGUUCGCAUGUUUGACCUGAGAAGCUUGGAACACAGCACCAUCAUCUACGAGCCAACAACCAAAGACGACCGUGAUGCCAAUGGUGGAAGGAUAAGCCCCACCCUAGCCCAGCAGACCAUGUCUAAUGCGCCGCCGCUGAUGCGCCUGGCCACCUCACCUCAUGACACGCACCUGCUGGCAACUUUUGCUCUCGACUCGAAUGUCAUCCGCAUCCUGGACGUGCGGCAACCAGGCCAGGCGUUACUGGAGCUCCGGGGGCACGGUGGGCCCGUCAACUGUGUAGAAUGGUCGCCGCUUCGACGCGGCACCCUGGCCUCGGGUGGAGACGACUGUCAAGUUCUACUGUGGGAUUUGAUGAACAGCACACCGGCUAACGCACCGUCCGGAUCCGGUCCCGGCUCUACCGAUAAACAUCUCACACCUGUCGCUAGCUGGCAGUGUGAUUACGAGGUUGGAAACGUGGGAUGGACGCCUCACCUGGCCAACAGCGACGGUGGCGAGUGGUUGGGAGUCUCUGGUGGGCGAGGCGUAUGGGGAGUCGAGAUGCCCUUUUGA